AUGGCAUCUGGACACCCCGACAAUUUCACUGCUCUGCCAGGCUGGGCAGAUCCUUCAACAAGCUGCAAGGAUGAAGAUUUCUUAGAGGUGAAAUUCUAUCUCUCUGUUCUUUAUGGCCUGAUCUUCCUGGUGUGCUUCCCAGGGAACAUUGGGACAAUUUUUAUUUACUUUGUCAAGAUGAGACCCUGGAAAAGCAGCACUAUUAUUAUGUUGAACCUGGCUGUCACCGACUUGCUCUAUAUAGCCACGCUCCCUUUCUUUAUACACUACUAUGCUAAUGGAAAUAACUGGAUUUUUGGAAGCUUCAUGUGCAAGUUUAUUCACUUUUGCUUCUACUUCAACAUGUACAGUGGUAUUAUCUUCCUGAGCUGCUUCAGCAUCUUUCGUUUUUUCGUAGUUGUCUACCCAGUUAAAUGCCUUUUUAUGCAAAAACGGAGAUGGGCAGUGGUGACCUGCCUAAUUGUUUGGCUGAUUUCUCUGGUAGCCCUCAGCCCCUUGGGCACCUUGAUUGCCACGAGGCAAACCCAGAACAGGACUAUCUGUCCGGACCUGGCUGCUGCCGAGGACCUCGCUGUUACCCGGUGGUAUAACUGGCUGCUGACAACUUUUGUCUUCUUCUUGCCCCUGUUGACAGUGACUCUGUGCUACGUACUAAUCAUUUACAACUUGGCUACUGGGCUCCACACACGGGCUUGUUACAAGCAAAAAGCUCGCAGGCUCGCCUUCCUCCUCCUGGUGGUCUUCUACGUGUGCUUCCUCCCCUUCCACAUCUUCCGAGGGCUCCGGCUGGAGCUCCGUGUACAACCGGUCAGCUGUCACUUGAAGAACAAGGUCCUUUUCAUGUUUAUCAUAGUUAAGCCUUUAGCAGCAUUAAAUACUUUUGGAAACUUGCUGCUCUACGUAGUGAUGGGAGACAACUUCCAGCAGGCGAUCCUCUCACUCCUCUCCAAGUUUUGGACAAAGAGGAACUUGAAGUAG